AGUUCUCCUCUUCUUUUUGUCUCUCUUGCGUUGCACGACGCCGGCCCCGCGCGUUACCAACCGCAAACACACGCAAUCGACAUAGGACGAGGGAAUUGCAAGCGCACACGCACGCCAAGCGUUCUUCUUUCUUAUCUCGCCCCUCCGACUCCCCCUGUCGAGUCGCAUUUGUCUUCUUCGAAGUAAUUUGUUUUGUUCUCGUGAGGAAACUGUUUCUGGAGGCGCCGCGCUAACCGAAGUGACUUCAUGAACGCACACGUUUGAAAAAUUGCUGCCUUUCUUGCUACUGGGCCUUUUUUUUUCCUUAAUCUGCGCCUUCGUUAUUCGAGUCUUCUGCGACGUCGGUCGCGGCUACGUGGCACUCGACCGCGUACUGCGUUGUUUUAGAUUAUUAUUAUUAUUAGUGCGUUGCAACAGUGAACGGAGUUUUCAUCCUGAGCCUGUUACGGGACACGAGAAACUUCUGUCGCGCUCUUCUUUUUCGCGAGGUGCACGGUUUUUGCAUGUCCUAGCGGCUACACAACGCGCGAUUUCACGUAGAGGAAGAAAAACGGACGAGACACGACGAGAGCCACCGCCAAGGAGUACCUUACAAGGUCAACAACGCCGACAACAACAAGAUGCCGCGCGGUGUUUCCAAAAGCUCGCAGAGCAGCGCCGCUCGGGCGAUGGUGGACUCCAUGGGCGCCCCCGCAGGCCUCAGCUCGUUUCUCGGCGGCUUCAGCACCGGCACCGACAGCGCCACUGCGGCCAAAAGUGAAGGCGCGUACGUCGUGCACCUCAAACUGCUGAACAAGACAAGCGAGGUCACCAAGCAGAAGGCAUUUGAGAAGCUGCUGGAGCUGAUGGAGACGACGCCGCUGGAGGUGUUGCUGCAGUACGCGGAGGCAACGGCAGAGACCAUCAUUCAGCACGCACAGCACCCGAAACCGGCCAUCCGCGCGUACAGCUUUCGCCUCCUGCAGGCUCUCAUGAGUCGUGGCACAGAGCUCAAGAGGACGAUCGCCCCGGAAUUGAAGGUGCUGGCGGGUCUGUGGGUGAUGGGGAUGUCGGACAUGGAGCAGGCAGUGUCCCGUGCGGCCGCUGCCGCCUUUGACGCCGCUUUCGCUGCGGAUAAAAAGUUGCGCAUGCUGUUUCAGUUCAUGGACGCCAUUGUAGAGACGCUGCGCACCGCCGUCGCGGAGGUGAUGGCGGCAAAGAAGCCGCUGCAGGACGACGCGCUGGACCCGAAUGCGAACAAACUCUAUUCGGCCUUGAAGUCGAUGGGCUACAUGAUCAAGCAGGUGAGCGCGUCGCAGCCGACAGUGCUGAGGUUUGUGCAGGACGCAGAGACGUUUGGCGCGCUGAUCCCGUCGCGCAGCCCGGCGAAGUCGUACCUGCUGCUGAAGACGCCGCUGGCCCGGUCGGCAGUGCUCGCGUUGCUGCGGGACGUCGUGGCUAUUUGCCCGGCGACACCGAAGAUACACGCGUUGGUGUCGCAGGCGUUGCUGGGGUCCAUUCUGGACCCCAACGUCGCGGUGGCUUCCCGCACGUGGGAGCUGCUGCUGUUCUGGUGCAAGACGAAUGUGGCCGAUGUGGUGGGUAACAUGAAGCCCGGCUUUCUCGAUGACGUCGUGAACAGCUUCAUGGACUGCCAGCAGGCGGAGCUGGCGGAUGUCAUCUACCCCUGCCUCUUUCCGCUGCUGACCUCGCUCUCGAAGGACAGCCGCUGCGAUGGCAUGCUGGACGAGUUCUGUGCCGCGUUGGUGGAAAGGCUGCAUCUUGUCACGGAGACGCCGAACGUGAGUGCGCGUGACUUGGACGUGCUUCUCAGCGCGCUGCUCGAGUGCUGGGAGCUGCACUGCGUGCGCAAGAAGAACGCCGCGGCCACGGCAGACAGCGUGGAGCUCUUCACGGUAAUCUGUUACAAUCUUGUGCAGCUGACGCAGAGCGAUGCGAAGGCAGCGCGGUACCAAAAGACGGCCAUUCAAACCGUCGCCAAGAGUUUGUUGAAGACGGGUGGUCGGUGCGAGGACAUCUUUAGGCAGUGUGUGGAGGUGGUGGCGGGCCAGUCCACCGCGGCCUUCCGCGUGCUGCCGGACGCCCCUGCCGCAGCGGAGCAGCGCAGCUUCGAUCGCUUUCAGGGCCGCCUCUUCGGACGGCUCUGCGCCUCGAUCGCCGGUGGGUCGCCGUCGCCCAACCCCGCAAAUCCCAUCACCACCACCGCUCUGUCCGACGCCGGCAACAGCGCGGCACGGGGCAAGGGGGUGGUGCUUGAGGCAUCCAACGCCUGGCUUCUCCAGCAGGUUUCUUCUUCGUCCUCCUCCUCCACGUCCUCCUCUUCUAUCGCUCAGGGAGACCACGAACUCCGCUACGAGCAACUCGCCAGCUUCUUCGAGGAGACGCAGGGAACCUCUUUCUGUCCCUCCAACGACGUGGCGGAUAAGCUUCUAGCGGCGCUGAGCGAACACCUGCGCGCCGCCCCGGCGGACCAGCCGCCACAGCAGAACGAGGGUGCGCCGGGCGAGGAAGAGAAGUUGCCGUCCGCGUCAUCAUCGUCGGCAGCACGGACGUCUGCGCUCGCGACGUUGGUCACCGUGGCACUGGAGUGGAAGCACCGCCCCGCCGUACAGGCACUCGUGGAGGCGACUAGCUCCACCCACGAGCACUCCCUUAAGGAGGCGGCACUGAAGCACAUGCUGCAGGACCCCAUGAAGCUGUUCGACGUCUUCAAGAGCGCCGUCGGCCGGCUGGAUGCGGAACAGGUGGAGCGAUGUGUGCUGCAGUACACGGCGAGAGGUGUAUGCCUGAGCGGAGAGCAGCGCGAGAUGGUAAAGAAGGCGCUGCGAGCAGGGCUGAAGAACAUUUUGGAUCAACUGACGGAGCAGGCGGAGUCCGAUUCCGCGGAGGGGGAGAAGGACGCUCAGGACAGCGAGAUCAACAGCGAUGACAACGACGACGACUCCAGUCCUUCGUCGAGUGAGACGUCGUCUUCCUCCCCCAGCGGCUCCUCUUCGUUCAGCACGGAUGGGGACGGCAGUUCCGUCGCUUCCUCAUCGUCCGCCAACGCCGCGCAUGUGGAAAAUCGUGCCCCUGAAGUGGAGCGCACACUUCUGCGGUGGGCCGCGCUGCUGCGCCAAGGCAGCGACUUCGCCGACCUCAUCGCCCUCUCCAAAGAGGACUUCGUGGCCACGCUGUUGACGCGGUUGACGUACAUCACCAUUGCCCUCGCCCCACGCGUCUACCCGGAGCAGUACCUCUCUGUCAAGGCAAUUCGCCUGGCUCUGGAGGCGCAGCAACAGUAUUUGGUGUCCACCGCAACUGGAGGAGCGGAGAGCGAUAGUGACGGCGGAAGCAGCGGCAGCAAGGCGGAGGACUUGGUGAUGCUCGCCCUCGACGCGAAGAGGCACGGCCUCAGCACGGGCGAAGCCGCCUCCUUCACGGAGCGCAUGACGGACCUCCUCGAGAGCUACGCCGUUACACGAGAGGAGCGCGACGCGGUGGCCAUGGCCACCUUGCGGUCAACGCUGGACCAGAGCGACGACCUGCCCCUGUGUUUCUUUGCCGCUCAUCAGCUGUUUCAAGUCGCGCCUUUCGCCUCUACGGCCUACCUGCAGUCCUUCGUCACGGCGGAGUCGGUGUGGCAGGAAACGGCAAUGGCGGCGGACAUCGCCGGCCUCGUCUCGAAUGAGACGGCGCUCACUCUCUACGACGGCUAUCUUUCCCUGGACGUCGUGCGUCCUCGCUUCACGACGGUGGUGCGCACCGGGCAGCUCAUUCGGCUGAUGGACGCUGUGAACGGCCCGGGGGCGGCGGGGGCGGUCGCCGCGGCAGAUCCGAAGGCGGUCGCGCACCUCUUCUGCGAGCUGGUGCGCGUUGCCGCGGGUAGAGAGGCCCUCGCCGAGGCCGCCUGCCACACCCUCUUUGUGAAGGUCUUCCCUGCGAUGUUCGCGUGCUUCGAUGUGGCGGCGGUGGCGGUGGAGGUCGCCGCUCAGCUGACCUCCACGGAGCCGUCCGGCGGCGGUCCCGUCUUUCCGUACCUUCUCCCGACGUUGGCGGCGGUGCUGCGGGACAUCGCGACGGCCGAAGACACCGUCUUUCUGCGCCGUGCGAUGCGACUGGUGAGUGCGGUCGCGAGCGCGGCCGUGGCGGCGCUGUUUUCACCGCAGGGCGCCCGCGGCAUCGCCGGUCCCCUCGCGCUGGCCUACACGACGUUCUUCGCCGUCGUGGACGAGGCGGCGGAUAUGCUGCGCUUCAACAUCGCCGCGCAGAUCCCGCCGGAGCGGGAGCGGUUGCUGCUGGAGGCGAGCUGCCAGCUGCCGGCCUGGGACCUGACGACGGCGAAGCUGUCGCUGGUCGUGGUGCGUCAUUUGGCCUCGCUGCCGGCGAUGGCGGACAGCACCGUGCGCAGCAUUAUGCAAUACGCCGCGAAUCAGACGCCGCUGGCGGGGUUGGAGCUGCUCGCGGAACUCGCGUGCACCCGCAUUCCCACGCCGGAGGUGUACAGCGAGCUGACACGCGCCAUCGUCGACGCUCUCUGCCGCUCACACCGUCUGCGCAACCUACCCCCCAACGGACGGCUGCAGAAGGAGGGCAGCGGCGGCUCGCUGGUGGGCGGGGCCCCGGUGGCCCUCACGACCCUGCGCCGCGUUGCCAUGGCUGCCGUGCUCGCGCGGCGCGGUGUUAUUCUGCACAGUCGCAUGGACAGCGUCCUGCGCAGCACGGUGAACUUGGUUGUCUUCGAUGUUGUGUGUGAGGCGGUCUCGCGACUGCGCACGACGAAGGAGACGGAGGUGGCCUCGCUGGCGAAGCUGAUCGCCUUCACAUCGCGCUUUAUGGGGGACCUGCUGACCGGCGAUGUGAUGGCGCUGCGGGCCUCGGAGAUCAGCGUGGCGAGGAUCGCGUCGGUCUUGAGCUUCGCCUACGCCUGGCUGUUCGCCACGAACAUUGCGAAACUGGAGCUGCUGGGGCUGUCGACGGUGGCGGGCGUGAUGCGGAGCGUGUGUUUGCUGGCGAACCUCACCCUCAUGCGCUCCACCGUGUCGCUACAGGCGUCCAUGCAGACUAUCAUGCAGCGCUCCUCGCUAAAGCCGCUGCGGGGGGAGUACUCAACCGCCGAGCCGGCCAAGGUGGCACAGUUCCGCCAGCAGAACGCGGUGCUCAUGAAGACGCACAAGCAGAAGAUGCUGCUCUUUCCCUACCUGCUGUCGUGGUGUGUUUACUUGACGACGCCGCCGCCGGCCGCGAGCGACGAGGCGCCCGCCAGCAGCAACGUGGCGCGGGACAAGGAGUGGCAGAAGCAGGUCUACGCUUUGCUGGACCUCCUCUUCACGCUGAUGCUCACACCGCUGGAGAAGAACAUGCGGCAACUCGAUGAGACCUUUAUCGGGGCGUCGGUGCAUCCGUCUCCCUCGGCGGACACAAGCGCGACCGGCCGGCUAGGCUUCGAGGUGGUGGCUCUCACACGCGUCGACGCCAGUGAUCCAAUGGCGCAACUGGCUCGCGGUGCCUUUGCCGUUUUCACGCAGCUGCUGCACGGCUCUACGCUGUCCUUGACGAAGAGUUGGUUGGAGACGAUUGAGCGCAAAGGGCGGGCGCUCUUUUACGACUCGGUGGGGCAGCACAUCUCUGCUAUUCUGAUCCAGGAGAGCUUCAUGUCUGUGCUGGGCCACAGCCCGGACGGCGGCAGCACCUUCACGGUGGGCGAGGGCUGCAAUGUGGAGCUGAACGUGGUGCAGCAGCUGAUCGACCUCACCUACGAAAUGGAGGACGCGAAGGUCGCCGUGCGCAUUUCGUUUCCCUCCGCCUUUCCGCUGCGCCCGCCGGUGGUCGAGUACGAGAGCGGCCGCGAGUGCGGCGUGUCGAUGAAGAAGUGGCGGGCCUGGAUGCUGAGGAUGUCCGUUGUUUUGUUCGGUGGCUCGGCGAACGUGUGGGAGUGCAUCGACCUGUUCCACCAGAACCUGGAGGCGCACUUCCGCGGCAUCGAGCCGUGCCCCAUCUGCUUCGCCGUGGUGAGUGCGGUGAACCACAAGCUGCCGGAUGUGCGCUGCUCGGUGUGUCACAACUCCGCGUUCCACUCCAACUGCCUCUACACGUGGUGGGCGAGUGGUUUCAACAACGUGUGUCCGCUGUGCCGCUCUCCGUGGAUUGCGGAGUAA